AUGGCUCUACAUGGAAUUUCUUCCGGGAAGUUUGACAUCAAGUCUCCGGCGGAAAAAUUCUUUAUAUCUUUCACCGAAGACAUAAAUAGUACUUUCGACAUAAUAUCGAAGGAGAAGAUAACCGAGUCGGUGGGUUGGGAUUUAAGAACAGUGACGCUGAGUAUGAGUGGAAAUCUGAUCUCGGAUAGCUACAAGACGUUCAAAGCAACAAUCACGGUCACUCCUAAGGAAGACGAGCCCGACGGUGGUCAAGUGGUGUGGACCGUCGAGUUCGAGAAGACUCGCCAUGACAUCGAAGACCCAGUCUGGAUAAUCGACAUUCUUAUCAACUACCUGAAGGAGACCGAUGAAAAUCUUAAUAAUCUAUAG